AUGUCUGAAGACCAAUCCAUUCACCACGCCGAUCUCGCCGACCGCGCCGCUGCUGACUCCAGCUCCCGCGGCGGCGGUCGCGGUCCCAAAUCCGGCCGUGGCGGCGGCGGACGUGGCGGUCAUGGCGGUCAUGGUGGUCAUCGCAAGGGUGGUGGUGGUCGCGACGUCGACCUCUCCCGCGCCCUUUCCAAGCUGCUCCGCCACCAAGCCUCCUCAGCAGGCAUCACGCUCGACGCGGAAGGAUAUGCUCCCCUGGACAAGGUUCUUGCGUGGGGUCCGAUCAAGUCACUGAAGCCUACGUUUGAAGAGAUCCUGAAGGCUGUUAGGGAGAGCGAUAAACAGCGGUUUGCUAUCAGGUUGGCGCCUGGAAAGGAGAAUGAGACGAGUAAGGAGGCGAGCGAUUGGUUGAUUAGAGCUAAUCAGGGGCAUUCGAUCAAGUUGGAGAGUGAGGGGCUCUUGAAGCGGCUGGUACUACCCGGGCAGGAGGGACAGCCACAACAGGAGAGCGAGGGAGGAACCGUGCCAGUUCCCGAGACGGUAGUCCACGGUACUUACUUCGCUUUCUGGGACAAGAUCAUCGAGAGCGGCGGGCUGAAAGCCAUGGGUCGGAACCACGUGCAUCUCUCCACGGGACUUCCCGAAGACACAGAAACUGGUGUCAUCAGCGGGAUGAGGAGAGAUGCGGAGGUCUUGGUUUUUGUGGAUGUUGAGAGGAGUAUCAGGGAGGCAGAGGAAACCGGGAUCAAGUGGUGGAUGAGCGACAAUGGGGUGGUGUUGACGGAAGGCGAUAAGGACGGGUUGGUCCCGCUUAAGUAUUUCAAGGAGGUUAGGGGCAGGAGACAGGGCGUGGGGUUGUUGUGGAAGGAUGGAGAGAAGGUGGCGGGUUUACCGGAGGGGUUAGAGAUUAGGAUGCCGAUGGGUAAGGGGAGGGCUGGUGGUGGUGGUGGUGGUGGAAAGGGGGGAAGAGGUGGAGGACGUGGUGGGCAUGGUGAACAUGGACAUGGACGUGGUGGAAGGGGAGGUCACGGGAAGGGAGGGAGAGGGAGAGAGGAAAAGGAAAAAGGUGAGGAGGUGAAGCCUCAGGAGGUGGACUCGCAGUAG